CACAAAAAAGACGUGUGGGGUAUUAAAAUAUUUAAUUAUAGCAACACAGACACACGUGAGUCAAGAAGUGGGAAUAACGUGACUUUCAAACAGUGGCAACAUUUUUAGUUAUGGCCGAUGUUUCAACUUGAACGGGAUGUUAACGACCGUUGCCGAAUUUUGGUGUUGAAAUAAAUCAAAUUUCUCAUAAUUCGGUGUUUAUAUGUGAAUAUUAUAAAUUUUAUUAACAUUUAGUGUGAUAUUGUGUGUUUAUUAGUGACUAAAUUUCAAGUGUUGUUCGGUAAAGAAUGUUUGUUGUGCCCUCGCUCUAACAGGAUCACUGGAAAUUAAAAUAUUGGAUUACGUUUUGCUGUUUAUUUAAUUGUUCUGGACAAGAGAGCUAGUGCAUAAAAGUGAAGUGCAUCGAUGAGACUUCACUAAGGUUUUUGAAGAAAAAUAGCGUCACCACGCUGUUCGGUUUAUUGACAUAGGGGCGGUGUGUGAGUGUCGCACCGCCAUGUCUCACCACAGCGACGAGCAGGCGCUCCUCACGGUCGCCUCCGACUCAUUCUGGGAGCCUGGUAAUUAUAAACGGACUACACGACGAAUUGACGAUGGACACCGGCUCUGUGGUGAACUACAGGCCCUCGUGCAAGAGAGAGCAGAUAUUGAGAAAACAUACGCCAAAAGUUUGAGAGGAUGGGCGAAGAAAUGGAACGACCUCAUUGAGAAAGGCCCCGAAUACGGCACAAUGGAAGCUGCGUGGAAAGGCGGCAUGGUAGAGGCGGAGCGUCUCUCAGAUUUACACCUGAGCGUCCGCGACCGACUCGUCAAUGAUGUCAUGGCGCAAAUCAAAAACUGGCAGAAAGACACCUAUCAUAAGUCCAUGAUCCAGCUAAAAGAACGUAAAGAAAUGGACGAGGCCUUCAAGAAGGCACAGAAACCCUGGGCGAAGUUACUGCAGAAGGUAGAACGCACACGGUUGGAGUAUCACACUGCAUGCAAACAAGAGAGAACGGCACAGAAUCAGGAGAGGAAUGCCAGUGGAGACAGCUCGCUUAGUCCAGAUCAGGGAGAGAACUCCAAGCGAGGACAUGAGGUAAAGAAAAUGGCGGAACGUGUAGCCAAGUGUCGCGAGGAAGUCGCAAAGAGCAGAGAAAAGUACCAAUCGGCACUGGCAGAGAUCACUGCAUACAAUCCACGCUACAUUGAAGAUAUGACCGGAGUUUUCGAGCGCUGCCAACAGAUGGAGGCACAGAGGCUCAAAUUCUUCAAAGACGUUCUCUUCAGCUUCCACAAGUGCCUCAAUAUCAGUCAAGAACCUUCAUUACCCCAAAUCUACGAAGAAUUCCACCAUACGAUAAACAACGCAGACAGUCAGAAGGACCUGAAGUGGUGGGCCAACAACCAUGGAGUCAAUAUGGCAAUGGCCUGGCCACAGUUUGAGGAGUACACUGAGGAGUUCCGAGACAUCGCGAAGGGCAAGUCCAAGGAGAGCCUACCCACCGGCCCCAUCACACUGCUCAACCAACGACCCGUCAGCGAAGAUGAACUGCCACCGAUCAACAACACGAACAACAAAACGAGCAAGGCCGCCAAUCACACGGACUCUGCGCCCGCGCAGACAACUGUUGUCAACAACACAGCUAACUCCAACAACACUAUCGACAAAAAGAGCAUCAGUGCGCCUAUUGCUGUUACCAAUGGUACAGCAACAGCGCCUAAAUCGAACAAGACAUCGCCAGCUAAGGACAGUACCAAGGGACAAGAGAAUCCGUUCGACGAAGAUGAAUGGGAUGAAGAGUCGGGCGGGGCGCUUACUGACACGGGCGAGCCGGGCGUACCCGUGCGAGCGCUGUACGACUACACAGGUGCAGAGAGCGACGAACUCAGCUUCAGACAAGGGGACUUAUUCGAAAAAUUAGAAGACGAAGAUGAACAGGGCUGGUGCAAGGGUCGGAAGGACGGCCGGGUGGGCCUGUACCCUGCCAACUACGUGGAGCCCGUGGGGCACUAGCCCGCGCCGGCGCACGCGCAGCCCGCGACACGUGACGAACUGUAAACUGUGCACUGUGGGCAACGGCACUAGAGGUGAACGAACGCGCUAACUUGUGGAAAAUAAAAAAAAAUAUUUUGAUGAAUCUAGGAACAAAUUGCACUCUACGCUUAGAACAAGCAGAUGUUGGCCUUAGCAGAAUUUAAUGUUGUUUACAUAGUCGACUGAUAUUACUACUUAGCUGGCACGUCUGUACGUGCGGCGUAUCGCUCUUGCUUCCCUCGUUUGUAAACGUAUUGGUAUCAUUUAGGAAGCCCUAAAUUUUACCAAUACUCCAUAUUAAAGCUUUGAUAAGUAUUAUAUGUACCAUAAAACGUAAAUAUAUGAAAAUAGUUGUAUAUAAAACGGGCCCCUAUGAUAAAUUAAUGUACCCUUAACUAAGCAGUAUUAAGUUCAGUUAGCGAGUGUAAAGUUAGUGGUGUUCAUUCAUGUCUACGGACGCACGGGAUCAGUACUAUCGAUACAAUCAUGUUAACGCGUGACAGGUUAUAAAAUUGUUCCGUUUUAUAUUCGCGAGUCACGAUGUAGUCAUUACAGUAGUAACAGAUGUUAUGUACAUUCGGAUGUACCCGUCGGGUUUACUUCUAUACGAAUAGCUAUACAUAUAUUUACUUGACACCGUCACUCAACGCAGCAAGCAGCUUUAAUACGUCUUAUGAUAUCAUUCCACUCGACAUCGAACCCCAUACCCCAUGGAUCGAGCUGUUUUUGAUAUAUUUAACAAGACGAUUUUCUAACUGAUACAUUUUCGACCUAAAAUUUUUGUACGUUUCUAUAAAAACGAAAAAUUCAAAUCAACUUUUUAAUGGUUUUGUUAAUAAUGUAAACGAGACGGUGUUUGAAUAUUUUUGGAUGGAACUCUUUGUAGGUACAAUAUGGAAACCAAAAAUUGUUUAUUUGUAACUUUUAGUCACACUGCGCCGCAUCCACUGUCAAGCGUCAGUAGUCGCGCAGUAUACGCGCAGUACCGGGCGUGAGAUACCCAGAGGUGUAUCGACUACUUGAUUAGUGGGUUAAUUGAUUGUCUGGGCGACUGCACUGUAGGUAACUAACAAAUCUGCCCAGACCAUCAGUUGUAUAUAAAAUGUAUAAAAGCAAUGUUAAAAUCUAACAGUUUGAACGUAGAUCGGGUCCCAAAUCGAUUAGUAUAUCGAUAUUGUAGCCGGUACAUCUCUAUUAAUAUCGAUGAGGAAUUUAGCUAAGCCAAAAAAUGUACGCCAAUAUAAAUAAUUAGAUAACAAUGAUACGUUUAGGCGGCAAUGGGAUUUAUAUUUUUGUGAUAUAAUGGUACUGGACAGUGGUCGCCACUGCACCCUAGUUGUGUUUAUGUACAUACACGAUUAUAAUAUAUCUCGUCGUGCUUAUAGAAUAUUUAUUUCCCAUUGUAUAUAAUGUAAAAUGCAUUCAUAAAUGUAUGUAAAGUACAACGGGCGGGCGCAGCCGGACUGAGCGAAGGCCUAAUGUUGUGUAGCGCCCCGCGCGGUACCUGCCCCCGUGUUCACAUCGCUGGCGCCCCCUCGUUUAGGUUAACUAAACAGUAACGAUUAUUAAUAUAUUACGAGAAAUGUUUAAUCUUUUCUUUUUCCCUUUUAUACCUCGUUUUAAAUAUUGUUGUAUUGUGUAAUUAUAGCGGGAGUCAUUACGUUAGUCGAGGCUGAGUUUCACCUGUCUACUGUCGGUCGCGCUUAGUCUGUAGCUGUUUUGUUUUCGUUGUUAUAGGUUCAGCGACCAUUUGUGAGAAAUUCUUUGUAUUAUAUAAUUAUCAAAGAGGGUGGUUUUGGACCACAUAUGUUAAUAUAUUAUGAAUAUUGGUAAAAUAAAAUUGUUACAUAUGGUA